AUGUUUCCAAAUAAUCUAUACAACAACGAUAUGAUCACGUUCCCGGAUGAUGAUUCUAAAUAUCAAGCAAUAUUAGACAGAAAUCCUCAAGCAGAAGGACACUUUGUAUAUGGUGCUAUUACGACCAGAAUAGUAUGUCGUCCUACAUGUAAUUGCCGAGUAGCAAUGAGAAAGAAUGUGGUAUUUUUUAAUAAUAUGAGAGAAGCAAAGGCUCAAGGAUAUAGGAGUUGCAAAAGAUGUAAACCAGAACAAGUCAGCGGUUGGAAUAAAAGUAGAGAGUUUAUAAAUGCAUCCUGUUCGAUGAUACAUGAUAGAGCAAUCAAUGGAGACAAAUUGGAUAUUGAUGCCAUUAUCAAGGAUAUCGGAGUUUCAAAAUGGCACUUUUAUCGUAUGUUUAAAAAUUACACUGGUGUCACACCAAGAUCAUUUUACAUUCAAUGCCAGUUACUACAAGAAAAUCCACUAGAUACUUUCCCACUUCCUGAGAUUGAAACAAAACGAAAUUUAAAACGAGUUAAAGAAGUACUUAAUCUAUAUACAAAUCCAAAUAUUGGUGUGAGUUAG